UUUCACGGGGCGGUCACGUGACCGAAGGGCUUUGCACCGACGUCACAGAAUCCAAGCUCGUGCCGACUGAUGAUCCUCACCGACCUGCUGCGUUUAAACUCUGCGCACCGCUCAAACUCAUCUUUCCUACAGCGUUUCACAGCUGCUUUUAGCUUCAGGUUCCCACUCGCUAAGUGUCUCAAAGAUACGCUACGGUAAUGUAAACCGGGAAUGUUGGAUAUGCACAGGGAACUGUGUAGCUCUUACAAAUAUUAACCAGCUCGCAUUAACACAGUAUGCUAUAUGGCUAACGUAAAUGCAACAGAUACGUCCCCCCGUUAAGAAAACAACCGGUGCUGUUCAGUUCUCUUCAAGUUUUCAGGUGUGGUGGUGAGCCCAUGGAGAAGCCGUCAUCUUCAGGCAAAGCAGCACUGGAGGAGAGAAAAAGCCUGGUUGAGAAUGUUGAAGUGCUGAGAGGUGCUGAGGGUGGAGAGGGGGAUCCUCAGAUCCCGAGGAAGAGCAGCUCCUCUCGCUCCUCCCGCAAGAGCUUCCGUCUGGACUACCGCCUUGAGGAAGAAGUGACGAAAUCCUGUCGGGACAAACAUGGCCGCUGGACCAACCCCUGGCCCACAUGGCGGUUCCCUUCCUACACCACCCUGCUCAGGUUUCUGCUGUUGGAUAAAAAUCACAGCAAUAUACCAUCUAGUAAAGAGGCUCUGGACAGUGAACUCCCGGUGAUGGAACCGUACUUUGUACGGAACCCAGACCUGUCUGACUCCAGUCCAGGCCUGAGAGUCACCUGGCUGGGUCACGCCACAGUUCUGGUUGAAAUGGACGGGUUGAAUAUUCUAACAGACCCAAUUUUCAGCCAGAGGGCCUCACCAUUCCAGUUCAUGGGGCCUAAAAGGUACCGAGGGCCCCCCUGCACUGUGGAACAGCUGCCCAGGAUCGAUGCUGUCGUCAUCAGUCAUUCUCACUACGACCAUCUCGAUGCUGGAUCUGUGGCCAGUCUUAACGCGCGCUUCGGAGGGGAUCUACGCUGGUUCGUGCCCCUGGGUUUGAUGGACUGGCUGAUGAAGAUGGGCUGCGAGAACGUGAUGGAGCUGGACUGGUGGGAGGAAAACUGUGUCCCGGGUCAUGAUGACGUCACCUUUGUUUGCACCCCCUCUCAGCACUGGAGCAAACGCACCGCGCUGGAUGAUAACAAGUCUUUGUGGGGCAGCUGGUCUGUUUUGGGUCCGGACCAUCGAUUCUUCUUUGCUGGUGAUACUGGCUACUGCUCUUCCUUCCAGGAGAUCGGACGUCGAUUCGGACCGUUUGACCUUGCAGCAAUCCCCAUCGGAGCUUACCUUCCCAGGGAUAUGAUGCAGGGGCAGCAUGUAGAUCCAGACGAGGCUGUUCAGAUUCACCAGGACCUUCAGGCUAAACAGUCUCUGGCCAUCCACUGGGGAACCUUCGCGCUUGCCUAUGAGUACUACCUGGAGCCGCCGGUUCGUCUCAGGGAGGCCCUGGAACAGAGAGGACUGAAGCCAGGAUCCUUCUUCACUCUGCAUCACGGGGAGUCUCGCCUUAUAGCUUCACAGGAACGAGACGUCUUUGGCUGAUCCUCUCUGGAGCGUUCAGCAGGCCAACUUCAUUCUGUGUCUGAAACAAAGUGCAGAACGUUUUACUUAUCACACAUACAUGGACUUAAAAGUGGUUUACGUUUUGAAAUGCAUAGAUGUACACAGCUUAUCCCAGCUGAAAAUAAAUCUAGAUGUUCCACA